ACAAUAUCAAUGAGCAUAUGAGGACACAACUGUGUGUUUUUUGUGUGUGUGUGUGUUAUAUAUUCGUGUUAACUCCGUAGUAAACUUGAGUUGUAUAAACCUAUGAUUUGAAACAAAUUGAAAUUUUUGCGCGAUAUAUUCAUAUUAUUCAUACUAUAAUUAUUGAUUGAAUGGAUACAAUUAUUAAUACAGAAGAUAAUCCAAUUGAUAAUACGGCAGUGGCGGCAACGAUCAACAACAUGGAUGUAGAACAAAUGAAUUCUGUUACAUCAUCACCGAAUGCUAAUGAAGAUGUUGUCAAUCAAGAAGUUAAAUCAAUCGAAAUCAAUUUGAAUGUUAUAAAAACUUUUUUCCUCAAUACCAUAUCAUUGUAUGAAUAUUUGGUUAAAAAUCAUUGUACAACUUGUAAUGUUGUUGAAAGUGAAGAAUUUGUUGCUUUGCAUAAAAAUCUUAUUGAUUUUGAAAAUAUAUUUCGAAUAUUUGAAGUUUCAUUCGACAAAACAUUGUUAACCACAUUGGUCAAAAAGAAUAUCAUACGUGAUCAAUUUAAUCAUUUGGUACAAGCUGAUGAAACAACCGAUAAUACUAAUGUGGCUGCUGGUGUAGAGAUUGAACAUCAUAGUAAUGUUACAUCAAAAUAUCCAUGCUAUGUUUCAUCAUGUAGUCAAUUCUAUUCCACAGAAGAAGGAGCAAAAAUUCAUUUUAUUAAAAAUCAUUGUAAAAAAGGUGACGUAUUCGAUGAAGAUGAACGAGCUAAAUGUUCUGAACAUGCUAUCGCUAAUCUUAAUGAAUUGAAACAAAUUGGCUCUGAUCGUUAUAAUUGUCCAGUAGAUGAUUGUAAUUAUGGUACAUCGGAUCGAAGUAAUUUUAAAGUGCAUCUACAACGUCAUAGUAAUGCCAGAAAAUUUUCAUGUAUUUGUUCGAAAAAAUUUUUCACACGUGAUCCAUUCAUGAUACAUUUUGUUCGGCUUCAUAUGAAAGAAGUGAAUUGGACACUUGCACAGACUGAUAUUCAAAGUUUGCGAAAAACUAUACGUCGAUUGACAAAUCGUAAAUAUUUGAAAUUCUCUUCUAAUGAUGAGAUUCCUGAUUCGGAUUCCGAUUUGAAUGGUCCAAUUGAUUCGGAGAAAAAUGAACUAAACAAUUAUAUAACACAGGCUAUUCAAGAUUCAAGCAAACAAUCAGAGCCACCGUCAAGUAAUUCUGGAUCAAAUGACAACGUUCUAUCUUUCUCAAUGUCUGUUGAUGAUGAAAUUGAUGAAGUUGCAUCAACGGUUGCUAAUACAAAUGAAAAAAAUUCCGCUGAUGAAAAUCCACUGAAUUCAUUCAAUGCAUCAUUGAAUUUGAAAGAUAAUUUUUUCACUGAUUCUGUUAUUUUUAGAUCUGAAGGUGUCGAACAAGAUGUUUUGUCAAAAUUACCGGCAAAUGAAAAACUUGUUCGAAACAUGUCAUUAUCUACUACUAAAGAUAAAAUCAUACAGAAAGAUAUAAAACAACGUCAACGUAAAUAUAAAUGUCCAAAUAAAAAUUGUGAACAAGAUUUUUUCACAUCCAAAAAUCUUCUGGUUCAUCUAAAAGCAUCACAUGAUCCAAGUAAUCCGGUACUAUGUACUGAACCAGGAUGUACGGCACGAUUCAAAUCAACAGCAUUGUUAGCUCAACAUCAGAAACGUCAUCAGGUACAAUAUACUUGUACAAUCUGUUCGUAUCGAACACAUUUAGCGGCACUUAUGACAAGACAUAAUCGUCAACAUGCUGGUGAACAUUUACAUCAUGAAUGUCCUGUUUGUCAUGAAAAAUUCGAAUAUCUUGGUGCGCUUCGAUCACAUUUGACUAAUGUACAUAAUGAAAAGGAACCACUUCGAUGUAAAUUCGAAGGUUGUGAGAAAAAAUUCAAAACAAUCAUUGGUCUUAAAAAACAUUGUCGUGAAUUUCAUUAUAAUAUGAAAGCAGAAAUCUCUUGUGAAUGGCCAGAUUGUACGGCCGUAUUUUCCAACAAAUCAGCAAUGGUAAAUCAUAUGCGUAUACAUACAAAUGAAAGACCAUAUCAAUGUACAUGGCAAGAUUGUGGUAAAUGGUUCCGAUUGAAAGAAACAUUAAAACGUCAUAUUAAACUACAUCAAGGUUUUAAGCCAUAUGUUUGUCCAUUUGAUAAUUGUAAUUGGUCAUUUGUGACAAAGAAAGGCCUUAAAACACAUAUUGAAAAAGGACAUUUAAAGAAUCCUACCGAAAUACCUAAACAACCAUCAUCAUCAUCACCAUCAUCAUCACCAUCGAAGCAAAAAAUUGAUUUAAUCACACCGAAAAUAGAAAUUGAUGAUGAAGAGGAAUUGAUAACAGCACAGCAAACGAUCGAGCAAAAUGAUUCCAGCAUGACUGAAGGAAUGGAAGAAAUGGACACUUCCAACACCAAUUCUGUUGCUGUAGAUGACGAUUAAUUAUUUCCUUUUCCAUUUUAUAUCUUCUAUAAUAUUUUCAAUUUUCAUAUGCAAAUUUGUAUUUCACUACUACUAAUUAUAAAUGAUCGAAUUAAUCAAUAAAAUUCUAUUCAAUCACUA